AAUUCAAAAGGAAUACGGAUUGUAGCUCCUUUUCAAGAAAAUCCCAACGAGAUGUGCACUUUGAAUAUUUACAAAAAAGAGCUGCGCUCAAUAUAUCAAAAAUGUCUUAAGAGUAUCUGAUGUUCCAGCCUUACUUGAAGAAAUGACGAAUUUUUCAACUGUUCUGCAUCAAGCACGUGUCAUUAUUUUGCAACUGGAUUCCAUUGAUGAUCAUACUGGCAGCAUUAUUCGCUCUAUAUGGAAUUCCCUCGAUGAAAUAUCCUUUUCUGAUGCACAGAGAUUCCUACAGCGGGCAACUCAAUCGGAUCCCAAAUUUGUUGGUCACAACGGAACCAAUGAAACUAAUUUAAGCAUUACGCAAUUGCAAUCCAACGAUAAUCGACAAUUAUUGAUCUAUCCCCCUGGAAGAGGUGGUAUUUCCAUUAAAACAAUAGAUUAUUUGUGUUUGGCUACUGAUCAAUAUGUAAACGAUAUCAUAAUUGAUUUCUAUUUAAAGUGGUUUUACGAUCGCAUUUCCAAAGUUGAAAGGGCUCGUACUUUUAUAUUUAGCGCACUUUUCUAUCAAACUUUGUCCACUUUUGCGAGAGACAUAAAUUUCCACAAACAUGUGAAUGAAACCGAUGAUGAGAAAAGCUAUGUUCGUGUUCGAAAUUGGACGAAGAAUGUGAAUCUUUUUGAAAAGGAUUUCAUAAUUGUACCCAUAAACGAAAAUUCUCAUUGGUUUUUAGCCAUUAUAUGCUUUCCAAGCCUUAAAGGUCCGGUAACAUUUGACACUCAUCUUCCGUUUGAAAUGCCACGGUUGCCGAAACGUCAUCGAGAAAACGACUGCGGUGAGGCUAAUGUUUACGUUACAGGGGAUGAGAGCCUGGGAUCAACAUAUAUCAGUCCAGUAAAUAACUCACCAGAACCCAUCAAGCAACCCUUAAUUUUAAUUUUUGAUUCGUUUGCCGUUACAUCACACAAGGGCGUUAUGGCUGCUCUGCGAGAUUUUCUGAGCUGUGAGUAUAAAGUGAAACUACCCGGAAUGCCGCCUACCAUUUUUAACAAGUACAACAUGCCCGGCCACCACGUAAAAGUUCCUCAGCAAAAUAAUUCUACGGAUUGCGGUUUGUACUUGCUGCAGUAUGUGGAAGAGUUUUUCAACAAUCCUAUACGGGAUUAUCGUAUCCCAAUUAAACAUUUGGCCAAUUGGUUCGACACAAUUACGGUGAGUCGUAAACGGGAAGAUAUAGCCAAUUUGCUACAAAAACUUGUAAAUGAACGUAAAGAAUGCAACAAUAAAAUUUUACUGCCUAACAUACCAUUUCCCACACUUAAUGGGCAGCUGAUUGAACCAAAGAGGUGCGGUAGUCAAUUCGAAAUGGAAGAAAUGAGUAAAGGGAGUUCCAUAAUCGCAACUUCAGAUGAUCCAGAUGAUGAAACGAGAUUAUCUGGAGAUGAUACGUGUAGAAGUAAGAGAUUAAGAUGUGUCAGCCCAAAAUAGUCUUACGUUGAAUGCAUUUUGAUGCCACCGUUCUUUGUUCAUUGAGUUUACUCCUACUUUCCUACUAUUAAUUAAAAACUAAUUAAAUUCUUUAUUUAUUUAUAGCAAAACAUUUUUCUAAAAAGAAUUUAUAUUAACAUAUACCUGUCUUGUUUCGUAUUUUUAUACGAUUUGAACGCGUUCCUCCAAAUCCCAUAUUGAAUAUUAUAUCUUCUGUUUAAAAAAAAGAAAAUGAAAAAGUAUUUCGGCGUUCGAUGUUGAUUGUUUGGUUAAGUAAAACGAAAAAAAGGGUAGAAAAAAACAUGGGUCACACUUUUAAGCUCAUCUCAAGAUUGAAAAGGCCCCAAUAUUUCAAAAGGUUCGCUGUCGUUCAAAAAUUAACUAAACUUUUAAGCUUUGUUUAAACUUUAUAGUAAUUAUGUAAAAAUUUUGUUCUUUUGGUUAAGUCUUUUGGAAAUUUUCAUAUUUUGAGAAAAUUGAUUACUUAUAAUAUUUGAAACCUUUCCAUAGAUUUACUUACUGUGGUGUUUUUUCUUCAACUCUGCUUUUAAUUGGCCAUUUUGCUAAUUC